CUUGCAUCGUCUACGACCGACGGCUCUGGUCAACUGGUCAAACCUACAGGCAGUGACAGCGGCAGAGCUCCUUCCCAACCGCCAAUUACUCCAGGUCAAGGUUUACCGAGCAGCACAGACACGACGUCACCACAGGUGACUGUACCGGCAGGCGGAACCGUCACAAUCGGCUCAGAAACACUGACCCUUACACCCGGUCUUUCCACCACAGUUGGACCAGCUACCGACGCGACUUUCCUAGGCUUGGCGACAAACAAAAACGGUAGCACACUAGUAACAAUCAGUUCGAGCGGAAUAGCCAUCACCGCGACCGUAAGCAAUGCACCCGCCACCGUAACUCUGCCGAAAACGGGCUUCGAGGCAAGCGUGACCACCGCUGCGCGACCAGGUGACUAUGCUACAAGACUGGGCGACAUUCCAGGUCCAAAUAAAAGCAUUGGCGCUGGUAGGAGGAGUGAACUGGGCUGGUGGACAAACGCCAUUUUAGGCGUUGUGGGGAUUGCACUAUUACUGUAGACACAACUCAUAAUGAUGUAUAACGUGCA